UUCACGGUGUUUCUCAACAUGAGCAACAAGCUAUUGCACUGCAUUCUGGUGCGCAGAUAGGUCGUUCCAUCUGCGGGCGGUGCCUUAUCUACAGCAUGCGGGAAAAUGAACACUUUCCCUUUUCCCUACCGUUCGUAUGGCGAAACUUCGUUUGAUGACUUCAAAAAGGGCCUCCAAAAGAUUCCAGUGACUCAGUUUGGGUUCGUCGCUUGUAGACACUAGUACAACCAUGCAUUACUACAGUUUGUUCGCGCUCGUUAUAUCCGUGCUUUUACUGGCCGAAUGUGCAUUGACGCUAGAAUCUACCGCUCGGGAAUCUGUUCAUCCAUCCGUGAACAGUGGCACACAAAGAAGGCUUAAAAGUGGACGACGUGAAGGAAGAUUUCUCGGUCUUCUCGGGUUGCUUACUGGGCUAACGCUGGUGGAUUCUCUCGACGAUGAUAACGAUCGUCCACGGCGUUCCGGAUUCGUAAAGAUCGACGUAGGACACCCGUCCGCCUUGGAUGCAUUUUAUGGGGCGUAUGGUUAUGCCUCACCGUACUGGACCGGAGGAUCAUCGAUCAACAUAAAAAUUCCGUUUCGACCUUCCGGGAAUGAGUUUGAGACGAUGGCCGUUUUUCCUUUUCCGCUACAGUUUCCUCCAAAUGGAGCGUCACAUUUUGGAUCAGGUUCGGGUGUGAUCGAACCACGUCCCACCAUUUUUUCUGAUCCUAUUCCCAGCGCCUCGAACGGUUCGGGGACAACUUUAGCCGAUGAAGUGGAGCAACCAUCCUCGAGAAAACAAAAGCUAGCACCUAGAAAGGGUACAACCAGUAGAACACGUCCGAAGGUGAGUCCUCCGAGAACAAUUCGUAGCACACUACGGGCGGAUGGAGAAGAUGCUGACGAUGAGAUUAAUGACACAACGGUUGAGGCAGUGCCUGAGGCAACUGAAACGAUUGAGACACAAGAUCCUCAGCAAGCUAUUGAACCUUCCGUUAGUAACGAUCCCGAUGUUUCACCUACUAAUACACCGACCAAUCAUCAAGCGCCCGUUUCGGAGGAACCCGAACCAGCCACCCCGGCGUCGAUCGUUCAAUCCGAGCUCAAUUACGUCACCCAGCCAAUGAUUCCAUCGUCCUAUCACACCCACCAGCACAGCCUGGCCGAUGUGUCCGCGAUCGAGCUGACGACGAGCUCCGCACCGUACCAAGACUUGCCAUUCGAGUUCCAGCCCAGCCGGGCCGAUCAUUGGCAGAAUUAUUACACCAGUGCCGCACAUAACGGCCCUAAACGACAGCUUGGCUUCCUGCCAAUUGCUCCGCGAGCACAUUGAUUGCGCCCUCAAUAAAAACUCGUUCAUUCUCGUUCGUGAUCUUUCGCCCGAAACUUUCAUAUCCUUGUCUCGACUCGGCGUACGUGCGAUCGGCUAAUGUGCGAAUCAUAAUGAUGCUUACGUAACUCGCAAAACUUAACAAUGGCCAGCAAACGUGUCGCAUUAUGCUCGGUGCCAUAAUCCACCUGCUGCGAAUGGGAAAGUGAUGUUAUGUCUCGAUUGGAAACUGCGAUCCUGCAGGGCUAAUGGUCUGUUCUUGCAGGGUCUGUUCUUCCUCUCUCUCUCUCUCUCUCUCUUUCCACGUAUUUUCGCGUACAAAACACUUGUUGCGAUCGUCCGUGCUGUAACACAGAAUGGGCUGAAAAUUGGUUUCAAGUGUGGGUAAUAAAAGUUAAAGAAUAGAUUGCUACACCUCACCGCAUUAGGCACCAGCACGACCUGCUGCUUGUUAUUUGGCUCUUUGUUUUGGCUCACCAUCUAACGAUUAUCCCUGCCCCGGGGGUGGAGGACAUUUCUUCUGAAUCCCAUACAUCGGCACAGGUGAAAAGGAGAAGGGUUACCGGACAGUUUUGGGCGUCGUGUCUGCCACGGUGGCGCACAUACAUUCUACCCGCGCCACAACAUUGGUUGCCCAUGUAACAUGAAUUAAAGGACCUGUUGGCUAGGGGUGGAGCACUCGUUCACAUGCCCCGUGGUUGUGAACAUUGUGCGAUGACUGGGGUUUUUCCCAGACACUGUUCGUUCAUUCGCAGUGCGAAUCAUCAGUUUGUCCCAGUUUGUGAUGGGGUAAAUGAACGAACGAAACCCACUAAAAAGCCGGGUGCCCGACGUCUGUACGCGUGCACGUACCAGCAUACGGUUUUUGGCUACCGGACAAAAAAGAAAACCAUUUGUGGUUGCUGUAACCGUGCGCCGGAGGUUUUUUUUUCACUGCUAUAAAUGUGUCCUUGGAACCAUACUAAUUAUGUCUCCUAGCCUUAAUAACCAAAAAAAUAAAAACAUGUCUCAUUUCACGGUGCCUCUGGCAUUUUUACAAAUUGGUAACCAAAAAAAGUCCUUUUUUUAAUAUGACUUUCGUAUAUGUACAUUGCUCAUAAAAACAAAUACAAUUGCUUACACCUUACAAAACCUUUUU